CUUCAUAGGAAAAUUUCAAGCUCAUAUGCCACAAUGCCAUGAUUUACAACAAGCCUGGAACCAUUUACUACAAGGCUGCCAAAAAAUUACUGAACUCAGGAAUGAAAAUCCUUAGUCAGGAAAGAAUACAGAGUCUGAAGCAGAGCAUAGAGUUCAUGGCAGACCUUCAGGGCAGCGGAAAAGACAAGGGAGACUUGCAGGGUAAUGCGGAGGUAAUGGAAGCGAAAACUGAGGAAUCAAUGGACACCAGUGAUAUAAAGGCUUUGAGAAGUCCUUCCAAAGACGUCAAAAGAAAAGAUAAAGAACUGCAGGAGGACAAUGGAAACUCGGAGAAGGAGCAGGAGCAGAUUGACCAAAUCAUUAAGGACUCUUUGGGCAAAUUAUCAAAAAGGAUGUUAUCUAGUCAGUUGGAGUUUGAGAGAAGGAAAGCAGACGGGACUACAACACUAGCCCUGCUGAAUCCUGUAGAGACUGCAUUAGAAUCCGGUCACGGCUCUGCUAUCCUCGGGUCAACAGCUGGUCGGCUGCAGUCAGGAGUGAAUUCGUUGCAAGGAUUCAAGGAAGACAAACGCAACAAAGUCACUCCAGUUUUAUACUUGAACUACGGACCAUUUACCUCCUACGCUCCUUCCUAUGACUCAACGUUUGCAAACAUCAGUAAGGAUGACUCUGACCUUAUAUACACGACAUAUGGAGAAGAUCCCAAUCUUCAGGGCACUUUCAGCAUAGAAGAUUUCUUGGAGAAUUCAAAAUGCCACCCUUAUGGAAUGGCGGACUGUCUUCUUGAUGCGUUCAGUGAUGGACAGUACUCCAGAACAGAACGUGAACAGAAUACAGCAGCUACAAGUGAACCAUCAGUGAAUCCAGACAGCACUAACAGCUCUGAACAGUUUGCAAGUUUAAAGUCUGUGUUUGGUCUCGGUAUAUUUGAUGAGACCUUUGAUAAUGAAGAAACAGAGAGGUUCCAGAAGAAACUGGAUGAAACCACGGUUUUGUUACGGGAGCUGCAAGAGGCGCAGAAUGAUCGUCUGAGCACAAAGCCUCCUCCUAACAUGGUCUGUCUAAUGGCGCCAUCAGCCAAGGAACUCCAGAUCGCGGAAAAGGUUAAUGAGAACCUGAAGGAAUUGGCCCAGCAGGUGCAUCCAGGGGACAUUGUUAGUGUUCUUGGCAUCCGGAAGGCAAUGGGAAUUGUCUCUCCAUAUGUGAGCACUGAAGAGAUGGUGGAGGAUCUGACAGCAGGUUCUCAAGAUGGCAAAAUGUUUUGUAACAAUGGAAACGAGUGCCCACCCAUGGGAACGUAAUUUUUGAGAGGCAGAAGAACUUGUAAAUUAUUAUGUACCUUAAUCUUUUAGUACCAAUAAAAAAGAGGACCAUGGUUUUGAUAAAAAUCUGCCUUGAA